AUGGCGUGGUUCACAACUCUUCCGCGAGGAUCCAUCACCAACUUCCGAGAUUUUUCGUCCAAAUUCCUCGUCCAGUUCUCAGCGAGCAAGACUAAGCAAGUGACGAUCGAGGACUUGUACAACGUGCGACAAUCUGCAGGGGAGACUCUGAAGCAAUACGUGAAACGAUUCAGUGCUGCGUCGGUAAAGAUUGAGGAAUCGGAGCCGAAUUCCUAUGCUCGGGCCUUCAAAAAUGGUCUACAACCUGGAAAGCUAAACAACAAACUGAGUCGUAAGUCGGCCAAAUCGAUGGCGGAGGGGGACGCGUCGCCAGAGGAUAAAGCAAGCAAAGACAAGGUUGAAGGGAGUAAGAGGCGAGACAGGAAAGUCCGGGCAGCGGAGAAGACAACGAGAGACCCUUUGUAUCCAAGGAGGGACAAUGCUGAGCAUCGCCGACCCUGGCACCAGGCUGACUCUCGUCGGCGGGGAGAGUCGGGAAAGAGUCUCAGCGCUUAUCUAACGGAGCUGUUGCGUGAGGUCAAGGCGACCCAUGCCGUUGAAGAAGGCGAAAGGGAAGCAGACCCGCCGCGACCAAAAUCAGAUAAGACUAAGUGGUGUGAGUAUCAUCGGUCAGCAGGACAUGAUACGGGGGAUUGUUUCACUUUAAAGAAUGAGAUAGAAAAGCUCAUCAGAGCAGGGCGAGUGCAGCUAAAUGACCGCAAUGAGCGUUGGAAUGGCGAGCGACAACAGGGAAAUAGGUAUAGGAACUCUCGCCAGCAGGAUGAUCGCCGACGGGAGGAUCGCCGCCGCACGCCGAGUGCGGAAAAGAAGGAAACGCUGGCUACCAAGAAAAAGAACGCAGAAGAAACAUUUAAUAAAGAUCUCGACCCACCGGCGAGCACAAUUAAUACAAUUGCAGGUGGUUUCGGCGGAGGGGGAGAUACAGCUUCGGCAAGAAGAAGACAUGUCAGGGCAGUAACCUCGGUGCAACAAUACCAAGCUCCUUUUGGUUUCCAGCAUCCGGAUAUAGUAAUCUCAUCAGCGGAUUUUGAGGGAGUCCAAAUGCAUAAAGAUGAUCCGGUGGUCGUUAUGGUUCGGAUCAACAGUUUUAAUGUUCGCCGGGUACUUUUGGAUCAAGGUAGCUCCGCCGAUAUCAUUUACGGGGAUGCGUUUGAUAAGUUGGGUUUAACCGAUAAGAAAUUGAUGCCCUAUGCAGGAACGCUAGUAGGGUUCUCGGGCGAGCAAGUGUGGGUGCGAGGUUAUAUAGAUCUAGACACCGUUUUUGGACUAGAGGACAAUGCCAAGCUCCUUCGUGUAAGGUACCUGGUGAUACAAGUUGUUGCCUCGUACAACGUUAUCAUUGGGAGGAAUACCUUAAACCGUUUGUGCGUCGUCAUUUCAACAGCCCAUCUUGCAGCAAAGUACCCGCUGCUUUGUGGGAAGGUGGGGAAAAUUGUGGUGGAUCAAAGAAGGGCGAGGGAAUGCUACAAUAAUUGUCUCAGCAUGUACGGGAAAAAAGGAGCAGGCGAGGGGCACCGGUGUCACGAAAUUGAGAUCCAAUAG